CUUGGGGCCGCGUCGGGGCGGCGCGGAGCAGGCCUCGGGCGGCGGCGGCGGCGGCGUGAGGCAGUAUGAUUUGAGAUCGUGAACAUGGACUUUUCUCGGCUCCACAUGUACACGCCUCCUCAGUGUGUGCCUGAGAACACUGGCUACACGUAUGCACUCAGUUCAAGCUAUUCUUCUGAUGCUCUGGAUUUCGAGACCGAGCACAAAUUGGAUCCCGUGUUUGAUUCUCCAAGGAUGUCCCGCCGUAGUCUGCGCCUGGUCACCACAGCAUGUGCCACCGAGGAAGGCCAGGCUGGGGACGCCCCCUCCUGCCCCAGCAGCGCUGCCUCCCUGAGGGACAGAGCGGCCAGAACAGCAAAACAGCGCAGAAGUGCAAGCAAGCUGGCGUUUAGUGUGAACCACGCCUCGGGGAAGGCUGUGUCCUUGGCCGUCGGCCGGAGAGGCUCUGGUGGUCUGCAGGGCGCGGCCUGUCUGCAGCCUCCUGUGCUGGACGAGUCUCUGAUCCGUGAGCAGACCAAAGUGGACCACUUCUGGGGUCUUGACGAUGAUGGAGAUCUUAAAGGUGGAAGUGAAGCCGCCGUCCAGGGCAACGGCGACCUGGCCGCCAGGAGCAACGGCUUCACCUGCCGGGACUGCAGCCUGCUCUCCGGGCGCGAGGACGCGCUCACCACGCUCCCUGCGGCCCACGGGACCUCCUCAAGAGUGUACUCGAGAGACAGGACCCAGAAACGCGGUGCAUCUUUCUGCGUGGAUAGGAUUUGGUGGCUGGCCAAGUACACUUCGUCAUCUUUUUCAUCAUUCUUAGUUCAACUUUUUCAAGUGGUUUUAAUGAAGCUCAAUUAUGAAUCAGAAAAUUACAAAUUGAAAAGUUAUGAAUCAAAAGAUCGUGAAUCAGAAAGCUAUAAGUCAAAAAGUCGUGAAUCAACAGCUCAUUCCAGCUACUGUGGGAGAGUGAAUGUGACGGAGCUCCUCAGAGAGGAUGGCCGCCUCGGUGUGCACGGGGAGUCGCUGUGCGACGACUCUAAGGGGCAGAAGCGCCCUGACACGCACGCAGCCGUCCACUCGCCGUCCUCGAGGCCAGGAGGGGCGGCGGGGCCCGCUGGGCGCGGCUUGGCUCACGCAGGUCGCCUCUUGAUGCAGACACUGCGGAGGAUCGGCGCUGCGGGCUGGUUUGUGUUGAAGGCGCUGCUGUCCGUCGUCUGGCUGGCCGUGGUUGCUCCAGGGAAGGCGGCCUCUGGGGUGCUCUGGUGGCUCGGGAUUGGCUGGUACCAGCUUGUCACUCUGAUUUCUUGGCUGAAUGUGUUUCUUCUUACAAGGUGCCUUCGAAAUAUUUGCAAAUUUUUAAUCUUGGUCAUCCCGCUGUUACUUUUGCUGGGUGCAGGGCUUUCGUUGUGGGGCCAGGGCGAUUUCCGCUCAUUCCUGCCGCUGUUAAACUGGACACACAUGUACGGAGCGCAGAGGCCGAGUGAGCCCAGGAACACACUCACGCCCGCUGCCCCUCCCCCUGCCCGGCCUCCGGAGGCUGGUGACGCGGCUUUUCCCCGGCUUCAGAUGAGCGAGGUCGAGAGGCAGAUGACCCUUCUGUCUGGACAGUGUCACAGCCACGACCAGAAGCUCAGAGAGCUGACAGUUUUGAUUCAGGAACUCCAAGCGCAGGUGCACCAGAUGGACGUCGGGAGUGAAGGGGUGCUGCCCCUGGUGAAGCGUGUGGUGGAGCAGCGUUUAAAGGAGGUCCGGGCCGAUGCGCCCUCGGGCUCUGCGACUGACUAUAUGACCUUCCACCAAGAUCAUGAACUGCGCAUCUCAAACUUGGAAGAGAUUCUUGGAAGGAUGACAGAGCGAUCUGAGGCCAUCCAGAGGGAAUUGGAGCAGACCAAGCAGAGAACAAUGAGUGGCGUGGACGAGGGGCGGCGCCUGCUUUCCGUGGUGGAGCACCUGGAGCUGGAGCUGGGCCACCUGCAGGCGGAGCUGUCGAACUGGCAGCGUCUGAAGGCCCCCUGUGAGAACGCAGACUCAGUCCAUGAGCAAGUUGAUGCUCGAGUCAGAGAAACCCUCAAGCUCAUGUUUUCUGGUGACGAGCAAGAUGCCUCCCUUGAGUGGCUGCUGCAGAAAUUUUCUUCUCAGUUUGUGAGCAAGGAUGACGUGCAGGUUUUGUUACGAGAUUUGGAGCUGCAGAUCCUGAAGAACAUUACCCACCACAUCUCUGUGACAAAACAGAUGCCAACUUCUGAAACCGUGGUAUCUGCUGUGAACGAGGCCGGAAUUUCGGGGAUAACGGAAGCGCAAGCACGCGCCAUCGUCGACAACGCUCUGAAGCUGUAUUCUCAGGACAAGACCGGCAUGGUGGACUUCGCCCUGGAGUCUGGCGGGGGCAGCAUCCUGAGCACCCGCUGUGCUGAGACCUACGAGACCAAGACGGCGCUCCUCAGCCUGUUCGGCAUCCCUCUGUGGUACUUCUCCCAGUCGCCCCGAGUCGUGAUCCAGCCCGACAUUUACCCAGGGAACUGCUGGGCGUUCCGAGGCUCCCAGGGCUACCUCGUGGUGAGGCUGUCGAUGCAGAUCCGCCCGACCACCUUCACGCUGGAGCACAUCCCGAAGACGCUGUCGCCCACCGGCAACAUCACCAGCGCCCCCAAGGAUUUUGCCGUCUACGGAUUGGAAAAUGAGUAUCAAGAAGAAGGGGAGCUUCUGGGCCGGUUCACGUACGAUCAGGACGGCGAGUCGCUCCAGAUGUUCCCCGUGCCGAAAAGACCUGAAGGAGCUUUCCAAAUAGUGGAACUUCGGAUCCUUUCUAACUGGGGCCAUCCUGAAUACACGUGUCUCUAUCGGUUCAGAGUUCACGGAGAACCUGUCAAGUAAAGAUCCACUACUGUUCUUGUACAUUUUGUAUAUACUGGGACGGCUGAAACACUGGAACCUUCCUGAAUGGGCAUAUAGACUAACAGGACCACGUCACCCCUUGAAUAAACAUUACGCACUGCCAGCAGGAGGACGUGGAGGCACACGCGGUGGAUGCCCCGAGCCCACCGUGCCGUCCUGUCCACAGAAACACUGCAUGUCGAAUGCUGGCUGCCCGGAGAUCGUGAGCAACAGCGAUCUCUGGAAGCCAUUUGAAUGUAUGGUUCACGAAAACACUUACUUUGUUUUGGGGAUUUGUUUGUGAACAUAAAGCUCUUUUUAUUUUCUUGACUUCAGGAACAAAGCAGAUGAAAUUAAAACGUUUGAAGUGUUCCUGAAGCUUUGGUAUUUAGCCUUUCAUGGCCCUUUUAAAGGACUUUGGGGGCAGAUAUAUUUCAUCUGUUGAAUCCAGCACAUCUUUCAGGGAAACACAGUGUCACCAAACUUCAGAACUCUGCACUCCCUUCCUUUGGGACGGUUGUCCUUCUCAGCACCAGUAGUUACUUUCAGUUACCAGGUGGGCAGGUGACGGGAACGGGUGUUUGUGCCUCGUCUGCCCCUCCUGAGAUUCUCCGGGUUGGGGCCCGUGCGCUAACCCCAUUCACUCUGCCGUGCGUCAAGUGAGUCUGACAUGGGGGCUGGUCUGGACCCAAACACGCGUCACUAGAGCUCUCAGGUCCCCCAGGCUCAGCCCACUGGGCACCUGGAGGUCUCCCUCACAGCGUGAAGAGGACCCAGAUUCCAGCCUCCUGGAUGUUUUGUUUUGAAUUUUGCUGAAAAGCGAACACUAACGUGCUCUAAAUCUUUCAGAGGCUUAUGUUUUCUUCCACUGACAGUUAUCAAAGGAGGUCGUGCAAAGCGGCAAAUUCCCGAGGCCCUUGCAUUUUGUGGCCCUAGUUUCUCACGGCCGUGCUUCCUCCCGCCCCUGGGCUCUGCCUUGAGUCGCGACUGCCCACCCUGCUCCUCACUUCCCCAGAGACCCGGCUGGUUCUGACGAACAGUUAACACUUGGCCUGUGCCACUGAGCGGACUUUAUAAUGAGGCAUCUGCACGGCGCUUCCCGCGUCACAGACGUACUACCUUAACUAUUUAAGUUUUAUUGGGUUAAGACAGUUUUUUUGUGUACCUUAAAUGUUGUAUUUUCAGAAAAAGAUAAAAUGAUGGUGCUGACUGGUUUUUCUGAAGAGUUUUAUGUAUAUUGCACAACAGUCCUCAAAUAUACAAAAACUACAUAAAGUAGCAUUUUUUUUUCACUCGUAGAAUUGGAACUAAUGCCUAUGCAGUUAAGUUGGAUAAAAUGUAUACAGAUGUUUCAUAUAUUACAGGAUAAAUAUAUGUCAAAAUUUCCUAUAUAAAACUAAAAAUUUGGGAGUUGGGGUGGAAGUAUUUUGAAUAGUAAUUUAUUUUUAAUGAUGCGAGAUAGGACUUUGUGCAAUGUAUUUUUGUAAAUGCUUUUCAAAAUAUUCGUCUUUGGUAGUGCUUCCUUUGCUGCCACCAAAUUGACAAGAUGCUAUUGAAAUGUUUAAAUAAAGAGUUUUAAUUUUUAAAAGUGCAUGUGAUGUUUCAAAUGAACAAUAAACAGUUUAUUUCUUUUCUCA